AUGUCGUGGCAGGCGUAUAUCGAUGACAGCCUUAUCGGCAGUGGACACAUGCACAGUGCGGCGAUUGUUGGUCUUUCCGACGGGAGUUACUGGGGUUAUGGAGGAACCUAUAUCCCACAGCCUGAUGAGGUUGCCCAUAUAUUGAAGUGCCUGGGAAAUUUUUCACUCGUGCAGUCCUCCGGCGUGACUAUUUAUGGUGUGAAGUUUUUUGGUCUUCAGUCUGGUGAAGAAGGCGAAAUGAAAUACAUCUUUUUCAAAAAAGGUGCGGCGGGUGGAUGCAUCUAUACAUCAAAACAGACGGCUAUUAUUGCAGUUUACGGGAAUCCCGGAACUUCUUCAUCUCUUCAACAGGAUCUUGAAAAGAAGGAGGGAGCAGAAAUUGCAGUCAAUCCUGCCGAUUGCAACUCCACCGUGAAACGGAUCGCUGAGUAUCUUAUCAGUUUGGAUUACUAA